UGCAGUAUGCUGACCUGCAGAGACGUGAGUGUGGAGGAAGUUGACCUGCCUCACUGUAGAGGGCGAAAAGUGGGAUUAACCCACGUUUGGUUGCUCAUUAACAAACACUGAUUAUUGCACACGUAACUUUUUUAUCUCUGAGUUCAUCUAAAGAAAGCUGUCAGACGACUCGGAGCUGUGGGUCUUCUUAAGUAGUGUGUUAUUGUCCUGCAGAGGCUCCAGCAAAACGAGGCUGCACAAUUUUUUUUUACUCCAAUACAACCCGGAAGGCAUUAACUGCUCAUUAUCGUCACAUUUGUCCCGGUUAAGAUCCGCUAGGACGGCUAGGAUAGCACCGAGGAACGACAAUGAGCUCGGUGAUAACACUAAGCAGGGUGACAGCGCUUCACCGGGCUCUGGCUCUCACGCUCCGCCUCCGACCAAACACCGAGGGUUGGAGUUACGCAGCAGCCGAGAGCAGGCGCCUCUGCCCCGGCGUAAGUUAUGACUUUGGCCCGGUGCGAGCUCCGAGGAGAUCGUACUGCUCCAGGAUGGCGCUUAAGGAAGGGCUCUUCUUCAGACAACUGUUUGAGAAGGAGAGCAGCACCUACACCUACCUGCUGGCAGACACGGACAGCAAGGAGGCGAUCCUCAUCGAUCCUGUACUGGAGACCAUUGACAGGGACCUGAAGCUCAUACAUGAACUGGGGCUCCAUGUAAAAGUGGCAGUAAACACCCACUGCCACGCUGACCACAUCACAAGCACGGGGCUGAUGAAGAAAAGAUUGCUUGGGCUGAAGAGUGCAAUCUCUAAAUUCAGCGGCGCCACUGCAGACAUCCUCCUGUCAGAGGGCGACGAGCUCCCCUUUGGGAAACAUCAUCUGACGGUGAGAGAGACGCCUGGACACACUGAUGGGUGUGUGUCGCUGGUUACAGAUGAUCAGAGCAUGGCUUUUACUGGAGACGCUCUGCUCAUCAGAGGCUGUGGCAGGACGGACUUCCAGCAGGGCUGCCCUAAGAAGCUCUAUCAGUCAGUCCAUCAGAAGAUCUUUACUCUGCCUGACCAGUGCCUCAUCUACCCGGCACAUGACUACUUAGGUCAGACGGCGUCUACAGUCGGUGAGGAGCGCAGGUUUAACCCACGCUUGACCAAGAGCCAGGACGAGUUUGUGAACAUCAUGGACAACCUGAAUCUCCCCAAACCGAAGAAAAUAGAUAUCUCAGUGCCUGCCAAUCUGGUUUGUGGAGUCCAUCAAGUCUGAAUUUCCCUCUAAAGGAAGGGAGAAUCACAUCAACUGCAUUAUAGUGAAACACGUACGUUUACAUGUUAGCCUCCCAUCAAGAUUAAUCAAAACCAUUUAGUGCAUUAAUCUGUGUAUUUAUGUAAAUAUAAAGAUUUAUAUUGUAAUAGAUGUUGGCUCAGCAUCUAGCCUGCAGCUACAUGCGUCAGUGUGAUCAAACUUGGAGCAGUACUUGAAACUUGUAACUUUAACUGCACCUUUUUCAGUCUAGAGCCGUUUUCACAUAUGCACUCCGGAUAAUAUCUAGAUAAAGUCCGCGCGAAAAAUGAGGCUGUUUGCGUUCAUACAUAGCCUAAAGAACCUCCGGGUAGCCAAAUCUCCGGAGUUUUUCAGGAGAUUUCCGUAUGUGUGAAAAGGGUUUUAGUCUCUUCACCAUGAAGCCCUGAUUCUUUCCUUACUUUACUUACAUUUCCUUACAUUGGUUGAGCUGCAAAAAAGAACAACCCGUGUGUAAACUUGCUCAAAAUUCAAAAUGCAAUCAGUUCUUUUUCAAUAAUCAGAAAAGGAGAGCUUAAGAUCUGUAAAUUAAGAAAAAUGAACUUUAUUUUGUAUUUUAAAUAAAUAUAAAUGAGAGUAUUCUUUAUUCAGCAGUUUUUUUCUGAAUUGGGGAGGAAACGUAGAACAACGAGGGCUUGGAAAAGGAAUCUUCCAUUCAAGGUUCGGUUUAGUAUUCAUGAAUGCUUAACUGGAACAAUUCAGUUCUUCCACAUGGCCUUUCCAGUGAUUCCGGACUCCUUUAGCCAAGGACACACACAUUCACACACACACAUACACUUGCUCCACUUCCCGUCCUGCCAACCACAGCCUUUUUUUCUUGCAUGGCAGGAACAUGAAACCAUUCCAUUUGCAUUUAGACAUCUUUGGUUUUCUUCUUAAGCCAAUAAACCUUUAUUUACGUUGUCUUUAUUCAUGGUAUUAGCGCCACCGUGUGGAGUUAUUAAGUGGUGCUGGUGUGAGUCAACAUGGCAAGGAAGACUUCAGAGCGCAAGAUGUUUUUUUCUAUUAAUAUAUAUUUGACACCAGAGAUUUAAUAAUUGUAUCACAGGAGUCAGCGAUAUAUUGCUGAAUCAAUAUUUUGUUCCACCUCUAGUGAAGCUGGUUGCUGGAUUCUCAAGUGUUGUCUGUGCUGCUCUUAGCCUGACUGAGCAGCUCAUCAGCCGGUAAAACAGGUUUGUUUGGGAGUGACUGCGUCAGUCUCGACCACAUGGUUCUUCCCAGGAAACAAGCACAUGUGAUACUACGUUGUAUGAAACUUCCAAUCAUGCAGAUUUUAUUUUUAAACUACAGUUAUGAAAAAGGGAAUUCCACUGACAAUAAACAGCUUUAUGUUUAGUUGCAAACAGGAGGUGUGAAGAUCUAAGAAAAGUACGUUUUCUAUUUUCAUUAUGGGAAAUGUAGUUUGUAAUGGUCUGAAAGUUGUCAUAUUUCUACCUUUGCUGUAAAGAUUUUGAACAAUGGAGAGAGUCAUCAAACUGUGAUGGCGGCGGCGCAAAAUGAAAUCGCUUAAGUUUAACUAGAAAAUGUCAAAAGGAGUAAUGAAUAAACUUUUGAAUGAA